CUGCCGCUCCCUCCCGACUCUUCCCUGCGGAUCAUCCUCGCGUUUUCCCCUUUUCCUCCGAGCUCUUGCGUCUUCGCUCUCAUGGCGUCCCUCUCCUUCUUCAUCUCCGCCGUCCUCCUCCUCUACCUCUGCGGCGGCUCUUCGUCUUCCCGGCUGGCCCCUGUUUGGCAGCGAGGGAGUAAAGCGGGGUCUCUGCCUCCCUCGUGCGAGCGGAUAGAGUGCCCGAGCUACGACUUGGUGCAGGAGGGGAACGGGUUCGAGAUCAGGCGCUACGAUUCCCCUGUUUGGAUGACCACCUCCCCCAUCGAGGACAUCUCUUUAGUCAAUGCCACCAGAACAGGCUUCUUUCAGCUAUUCGAUUACAUACAGGGGAAGAACAAGUACAAUGAGAAGAUAGAGAUGACCGCCCCUGUGAUGACGGAGGUCUCACCCAGCGAUGGACCGUUUUGUGCAUCAUCUUUCGCAGUCAGCUUCUACGUUCCGGCGAAAAAUCAGGCCGACGUCCCACCCUCCGAGAAUCUCCACGCCCAAAGGUGGGGUGUCCGAUAUGCGGCAGUCCGACAGUUCAGCGGUUUCGUGUCCGAUUACAGCGUUGGCGAAGAAGCAGCGGCGUUGCAGGCGAGCCUUGCCGGGUCCAGCUGGUCGGAAGCCAUCAAGAAGAGCCAGAAGGCUGGAGACACUAAGUCGUCCUACACGGUGGCUCAGUACAACUCCCCCUUUGAAUUCGAUCACCGAGUGAACGAGAUCUGGCUGCUGUUUGACAUGGAUGAGUCCCAUAUCAUAUAAGGGGAGAGCAUGUUAAUAUAUCUGGUGACUUGUUGCUCAGUUAGUGUUAUAAUGGAAACUUAGUAUGUGUUUACCUGUAAGAAUUUCUGGAUUUUGGUAAGAUUAUCAUAUUUUGGUGUUCA